AUGUCACUUUUUGUCAUUUUCAAAUUUCCUGCCGUUCCAUCCCCCGUACGUCCCGACGCUCGCAGGGGACGGAACCCAGAUGACAAGAUACCGGCAUCGGCCGGAGGACAUUACAGGGGACACUGCAGGAGGGACAUCGCGGGAGCGCAGGACAAGGUAAGAGAAGAACAGAUCCCAGAGCAGCGCCGCAUGGUAUUCCCGAGUGUAGCUCGGGGUUACCACUUGUGGUACUGAAACUUUACCCCGAGCUACACUCGGGAAUACCGCCGGGGAGGCUACACAUGUCCAGUAA